AUUCGUUGAACAACGAGCGCUGGCCUCUGUCUUGCCUCAUUUCCCGCACUUCUCUUCUUCCGCCGACGCUAUCGACGUCGCUCCCGAGGCAAAUCUUGUCGUCGUCAUUGUCGUCUUGCCCGUCGAACUCCGGUGUCGUCAGCGUGCGCUCUGCCCUGCCGAUCACCCCAGAUUUCCAUUUUUUUCCAAGACAUCUGUCUCGGUGUCUCUGUCUCUGCAGUCUUCCUGCUCGUAGACUUCAUCCAGUCUGCGCCUUUUUACCUGUCUUUUAUGUGCGUCUACACGCUCCAAGACUCUAUUUGAAACCGCCUGUCUAGGUUUCCGAGUGUCGCAAUUUCUUCCAGAGACAACUUUUUGCGAACAUGAACGUCAACGUUCGACCUGAAAUGCUGCGUCAGCCAGGCAUGGGUCAGCCACCAAUGAUGGCUCUCAACAGUGGCUCAUUCAUGCAGUCGCCUCCUCAGCCUGGCCAGCAGCAGCAACUGGGUAUGCCAUCAUCGACCGUGCCGCCAAUGGGCAUGUUGGGCGGCGGGCCUCCUAAUCAGAACCCCUCCAUCCAGCAUCAGCGGUAUCCAAUGUCGGUACAGCAGCAGCACCCUUCAGCGGGCCCGACCCAGCGUCCGAUGUUGAUGCGACCCGUCCAGCCAAUGAACCCAUCCGCGGGUGGCGCGCAUAUGAGCAUCAAUUUCGGCAACAAUCCUGUGAUACAGCAGCAGCAGCAGUCUAUCGCUAAUCGUAGGGUCUCCCAUGGCCAACCACUACCACCAGGGGCCAACCAUAUUGGCUCCCUGCCCAUGGGAAUGAACCAACAAGGCAAUAUGCCUACGCAAAUGCGACAACCACCCCAGCCCCACGGACAGCCCCAGCAGCCGCAGAUGCGCCAGCCCUCUGGCCAUAUGUCACCCGAAAUGGCGAUGGGGAUGAGGAGCGCCAGUGGCAAUCCAGGACUUCCCCAGAAUGUCGUCAGAACGGGGUCAGCACAGUUGGGAAUGAUGAAUGGUAUCCCUCCGCCAGCCCAGUCGCAGUCCAUGCAAGGCGGGAUGCAAUCGUCGCAUCAGAACAACUUUCAGAGUCCAGUGCCUCUUCCUCUCCAGCAUCAGACCGCCCAAAUACCUCCUUCGCCCCGCCCCCCUUCACAUCCGUCGUCGCAUACUCCUGCCAUGAAUAUGGGUCCAGGUCCGUCGCAGCCUGGUAUGAAUCGCUCCCAGAUGCCACCCGAUAAUCCUAUGGCCUUUAUCGACUUUUCGACCCCUCCUCAGUUCUCAGCACAGGCAUCAUCCGGAGGCAACAAUCAAUUUCCUUUCGUCCCUUCAUCAACACCACCAACACAAAUGGGGGAGAUGUCAAGAGCGCUACCAUCGAAUAUUGCCAAUACGCCACCGAACCGGACCGCCUUCCAACUGACUCCAGCUCAACAAUUUGAGCAGAUGCAGCAGCAAGGAACUGAAAACUAUAAUUCGUUUGGUAUGCCGCCUCCUCCCCGCCCACCAUCGCACAAUCACCACCACGCACCGCUACCCCAAUCUCAGCCGUCUUCUCACCCUCCGUCACCGUCCGAUAACAUAAACACAUAUCCUCGACCUCUCUCUCGACCGCGGUCUCAGUCCGGACGACCUUCCUCUUCACAUACCCCUCGCAUCACUCAAUCCCAACUCCCUUCAAAUCCUGCACUUGCGGCUGGCGGACGUAUACCGUCCCAACAUACCGGCCCCCAGCCACAGCCUGGACUGCAGCCUCAAGUCUUGAGCUCUAGUCAGCCUGCUGGACCCCCGAGACCAUCAAAUCAGUCCCAGGGCAAUCUUACUCACGGGUCGCCGGCCUCUUCGUCCACAGCGUCAUCGACUGAUCAGCACGCGUCGGCGUCUGCUCCCCGCCCACAACCUGUAAACGUUGUGACAACGGCACUUGGAAGCGGUCAGGGACUCACACGAUUGUUGCAGUUUAGUGGUAACUUGUCGAAUGAGAGCAGAACGAAAUUGCAGCUUUCUUGGUGGAAUGACUUAAUCAAGGAGUAUUUUACGCCAAAAUCUGUUAUGAAAAUAACCUUGUGGAAGGAUAACCAAAAAACUGAAGCAAAACCUUUUGAAAUUGGAGUUCCCAUAUUACCCCGUUUCUUCUUGGUGACAACCCAAUCGGGCGUCAAAUCCAUGACCCUAACUCUGGACGGGGCUCGAGAGCGAAUGUAUGCGCAGGGCCAUUCUGUUGUUGAAUGCGUAACGGCGGUUUGGACGUACAAAUACAACAAUGGCUAUACGGUUACGCUGCGGGGACCUUUGACUGCACAUGUCGUGAUAACGUCACCGCACCCGCCUGGAACAUCGACUGCCACGGGAAACUAUGUGCUGAAAUUUGAAGAUUUUCAGUUCGACGCCAAUUAUCACGAUAAAUUUAUUGCUCUUGAUUCUAUCAUGGGCACAAGGAUGGUAGAUUCUCCAAAAACGCCACGGAUACGCAAUGUGCCUACACCAGGAGCCAACGGUAUCUUGAGUCAGGAGGAUGAAGAUAAGAAGUGGGAAGAACCCAGAAUCAUCAUUGAGCGGGGAUCCAUUCCUGGAGAGCCUGUCAAUGCGUUCGGGAUACCGCAAGCUACAAUGCGGUGUUUGGAGUUGGCCGAAAGUGUAGCGCAGAUGACUGACCUGAUAACGUUCUCCUCCGACACAAAAUUGGGGCCAAUAGAUGCUCUGAACAAGUUUGCAAACCGACUGAGGGAUUCAAUGGCGCACAUACCGCAUCCCGGAGGUCAGCAUAUGAUGAAUGGGAUGAACCAAAUUGGCUCCGGCGGUGGCAUGAUGUCAUAUCCCUUUGCUUCGUUUCCCACUGCGAGCGCCAUGGGCUCGACAACACUGUACUCUAGUGCCCCACCUUCCGUGACCAAUCCUGCCUCACUGCCUCAGCCCCAGAUGUCCUCGCAGGCACCCCCAUCUUCGAUGAACUCACCUCAAAAUGCGCCGCUGUCAGCCCAUAAUUCGCCGACGAAGCAGCACAAGACGAUUCCGCAUAACCAGAAUGCGUCGUCAACGGCCUCUUCGUCGACGCCCACAUCGACAGCGAACACGCCGGCGUUAUCGAAUGCCUCACUGAAGCGCAAACAACCUUCCGGUAAUAUCUCACCAACGACCGGAUCAGAUCAGCCGCCUCCGAAACGUGCUACUCGGAAACGGGGGAGGACUACUGGGGGAGGAUAGCAUCUCCAAGUUGUGUUUAUCUUUUGGCUCAUCUCCGAUUUGCAUCACUUAAUUUUUUUGUGCAACCAUAGAUUGUAACUUAGUAGUCUACAUGGAUAUCUUACUUCUACCCGGAGACAUUUUGUUUUAUGCCGUUCUUAUUUAUCUUUCCUUGUAACGUGUACUUGGUAGCGAAUAUUUUUGAAAAGCAAUGUGCAAUGAGGAGGAGGGUGUUACGCAAGUGUAGAGU